AUGGGCGAAGCCGAAUCCUCGUCGACACCUCGCUCUACGGCCGAACCGCAGCUCAAGGCUGCCAAAGACAAGAACUGCCCCUUCUGCGGCCAGGCUUUUACAUCGAGCAGCCUGGGUCGCCAUCUCGACCUCUACAUUCGGGCAAAGAACCCAAAGGCGCCUGACGGUAUCCAUGUCGUAGACGAGAUACGCAAGCUGCGCGGCGGCAUCACACGACGUCAGGCAAAAGGCAGCGUGUCGACGCCGCGACGAGACGACAGCGGCACCAGCACGCCCGCCAACAAGAAGCGAGUGGCGAGCGAAGACUCGUCUAUGCUCGUCCAGAGCCCCGACGAUGACGACGAGUCGUUGCAAGUGGGCAAGACGAGGGGCCAUCAGUUCAAGGAUGUUAGCUGGGGUGGCGGCAGCGCCAGCGCCAGCCGUCCCUCACGUCUAAGCACCAAAACACCAGACCCCCGCCGUGAUGCAUCGCGCCAGAUUCGAAAGGCCGACCUCGACCAGAGGCAAAAGACUGGCGAGGAGGCGGAAAUUGCAAGCGCGACCGAGAUGGCGCUGAGGGAGCUGCUGAAGAGCGUCCGCGAAGCCAAUGCAAAAGCAUCCGGCUCAGGUCUCUUCGACUUUGACCCUUACACGCAAAACUUCCCCUCCCUCUGCCUCCACAUCCUUCCUGCGCCCUCGACCCUUUUCUCGCCAACGCCCUUUCCCACGGCUGAGUCAUGGUCCAUAUCCCCGCCUGGUCAGAAGCAGUUUGAAGCGCUGAAUAAGCAGGUCCGUGAGCGCCUGCUUGCCUACCAGCGUCAGCGGCAGAUCAACCAGGUCUAUCCUUCCGGCGCACAGGCAGCCGCGCCUUCCACAACCUCAUCGCCCUUGCCCACUCCUCCCCUCUUCGAUCAUGACCCUCAACGUCUCUUCGGCCACAUUGCCGAUGCCUUCCAUCACUGGACCCAGCACUCGGACAAGACGAGGCAGGAGUACUGGCAGAUUGAGAUUCUCCGCUGCUAUGCUCGUGCCCAUGACCGACGACGCGAGGCUGAGGUCCAGCUCGAGAAUGCACGUAGGGAGAUUGACUACCUGAAAGCAAAUCGCUGGACGGCAGGUGCACCCGACGUGUCCCCCAUCAGCAUCAACCUAGGUGCCGACACGGCACGUGAGCUUGCAAAGCACGGUAUGGACUACCGUAACUGGGACUAUGACCGUCUCAUCGACAAGUGGCGCACUGCCAUACGCGAGAACAAAGUCUCCGGCCUGGCUGCCCAGAAGCCACUGCCCGGCGAGGGCAGCUCGCGUAGCUGCUCCAUGGCCAGCCUGCCACCACAAUUUGCUACAGUCAAUCAGCCCAGACAGGGCAGCCCCAUCAAAGUAGAGACUUCGAUGCCCUUCAGUGCCCCGCCCACGCUCAACGGUGACGACCAAGUCGACGCAGAGGGCGAUGAUGAUGACGAAGAAAUUGACCUGACUCCGCACACGAUUGAUGACGAAGACCCAAUGCACCACAUGCAUCAAAUCCAACGUCAGUCUGUGCAUCAGUCCCAGCAUCAUCACGGGACGCCGCUCCAACCGACACCGCAACAUCCCUCUCAGCAAUUCCAGUCUCACAUGCAACCUACCCAGCACCUCACCCAAGCUCAGAUUGCGCAAGCCCAGGCUCAAGCCCAAGCAUGGGCAGCAGCUCGUCAGCACAUGAACCAGUCGCGCCAAGAUUUCCGCCCACAUCAGCAGCAGCACCAGCUCUCACCGCACCUGCAACACGUCAGCUCAGCUGAAAGCAGCCGGCGAGAGUCGCUAGCCAUGAUGGACCCGCAUUCCAUGAAUCAAAAUACCAUGAAUAACAUGGGUGCCUCAAUGGGCAUGUCAGGCGGCAUGGAUAGCCUCGACAACCACCAAGACCAGUUCCUACGAAUGGAUAUGGGUAUGCCCACCGGCUUCGUUGGAUCAAACGAUGGCGGCGUCUCUAUGGGUUAG